UCCUUAACAUUUCCCAUAAAGAUUUGUUUUCUCUUUUCUUUUUUUUUUUAAUAUUCUUUUAUUAUUUGUUUUUUGUUUUCAUUGCUUCCCCUCUAAUUCUGUUCUAUUAUAAUCAUAUUGGAAAUUUUGCAAAAUUUGUAAAGCAAUCUAGUCGGGUGUUGCUUUGUUGGGUGUGGAUUUUAUUGGGUCUCAUUUCAAUACAGAAAAAAGUUCUCCCCUAUCUCUUCUUCUCCUCUACAUCUCCACCUUGGUUUCAUAGGAACAGAAACUAAAGAAUUCUUAUUCUUGUUCUUCUUCGGUAGUAUUUUGGAUCUUCAAUUUGUUGCAAUGUCCAUAGCAGCAGACUCUAAGUUUCAUGUUUUAGCUGUUGAUGACAGCUUAAUAGAUAGGAAGCUCAUUGAGAGGCUCCUCAAGAUCUCAUCAUUUCAAGUUACUACGGUUGAUUCUGGUAGUAAAGCUCUAGAAUUUCUGGGUUUACAUGAAGAUGACCAAAGCAACCCUGAAAAACCUUCUGUUUCUCCAAACAAUCAUCAGGAAGUGGAAGUGAAUCUUAUUAUUACAGAUUACUGUAUGCCUGGCAUGUCAGGCUAUGAUUUGCUCAAGAAAAUAAAGGAAUCUUCAUCUCUGAGAAACAUACCAGUAGUGAUAAUGUCAUCUGAGAAUGUUCCUUCAAGGAUCACAAGAUGUUUACAGGAAGGAGCAGAGGAGUUUUUCUUGAAGCCAGUGCAAUUAUCAGAUUUGAAUAGACUUAAGCCUCAUAUGAUGAAAACAAAAGUAAAGACCCAAAACCAAGAAAGUAAUGAAAUCCAAUUAGUAGAAAAAUCAGAGAUUCAGUCACAGCUGCAGCAGCAACAACCACAAUCCCCACUUUCACCAACACCACCACAACAACAACAACCACCCAACAAUAACAAGAGAAAGGCAAUGGAAGAAGGGCUUUCACCAGAUAGAACAAGACCCAGAUACAAUGACAUCACCACUGUUGUCUGAUAAAUCAUAAGAUCUGUUAUUAUGAUUAUUAUUAAUUUUUUUCCCUGUAAUUCAGAAAAUCUUUUUUUUUUCUUCCUCCCCUUUUUGACCUCUUUUCCCUGGUAGAAUUUAGUGGUGGUUGACAUGGUCAAUUAUAAGAAUGUAGAGAAAGAGCUGUUUCAUACAUUUUACAUGAAGAUAUUUGAUUCCAAUUUUAA